UCCCUUAUACUAGCUAGCUAGUCCCGAUGGAGAAAGCAAGUGCAUUCCUCCGCCAUCCUCCUCCUUGUAAGGGAAAACUCAUCACUAUCCUUAGCAUUGAUGGAGGUGGAGUCAAAGGGAUUAUCCCCGCAACUAUUCUCGCCGUCUUAGAGAAGAAGCUUCAGGAAAAGGAGAGCAAUACAAAUGCAAGACUGGCCGAUUAUUUCGAUGUGAUUGCAGGGACGAGCACCGGUGGCCUUGUGACUGCCAUGCUCACUGCUCCUGAUGAAAACAAUCGUCCCUUGUUCAGUGCUGACCAGAUUGUCCCUUUUUAUCUUGAAAACUGUCCUAAGAUCUUUCCACCAAGCAAGUCUGCAUUUCUAGGCAACAUGGAUGAAUUGCCCUCUGGUUAUAGUGAUGACACGCUUCAACAUUUGAAGCUAAUGCCGAAUUCAGGAUUUUCUCGUAGUUGGUUAGAGUGGUUAUGGAAAUUAGUUGCUAAGCUUCCUGGUUCAAUUGGGAAGCUACUGGGGAGUCCAAAAUAUGCUGCCACUGCGUUACGGGAUAUAGUUGAAGGAAAAUUAGGAGACAUACGGUUGAAUCAGACAUUGACCAAUGUUGUAAUCCCGAGUUAUGAUAUAAGUCUGCUCCAACCAGCUAUCUUCUCAACUUACGAGUUGAAAAGGAACGAGGAGCAAGAUCCGGCUAAACUCUCUGAUAUAUGCAUGGCAACUUCAGCAGCACCAACCUAUUUUCCUGCAUAUAAAUUUGAAACCAAUACUAGAGAAUUCCAUGUCGUUGACGGCGGAAUGGCUGCUAAUAACCCGGGUUUGGUUGCUAUAACGGAAGUGACAAAAGAAAUCAAGAAUAAAAAUCCUGACUUUCGAAAAGAAUGGGCAGCUGAUCAGGGCAAUCGGUUCCUACUUAUAUCAUUGGGUACUGGUUCACCAAAGCAAAAGAGUACAUACAACGCCGACGAAGCAGCCAACUGGGGUAUUGGGGGAUGGAUGAUUCAUUUGGAUCCAUUUUCUUGUCCAUUGCAAGAAGUAUUCACUGAAGCAAGUAGUGACAUGGUCGAUAUCCACCUCACUACCCUUUUCGAAUCUAUUUGGUCCAAGGGAACUUACCUUCGAAUUCAGCAUGAUCAAUUGCCUGCAGACAUGAAUUCUAUGGACAAUGCUACAGAAGAAAACCUGAAAAAUCUUGCGAUAGCUGGGCAGCAGCUGUUACAGAAAUCGGUUUCAAAGAUGAAUACAGCUACCGGUCGCCUUGAGACUGUUAAACCUGAGAUCACAAAUGAAAAGGCUCUCGAAAUGAUGGCGGAAAAACUCGUUGAGGAGAGGAAGAAACGUCAAAGCCGAGACCAUGACCAUGGUCACCAGAAGGAAAUUGAUGCCCAAGACUAAACUACCGAGAAUCGUUCAGUACUGCGACUAUAUAUGUUGCCUCAAUAAAAUACCAAUUACCAUGUUGGUUGUGAUGAACCUUGUUCCAUAAUAAAUAUAAAUAAUUUCCCUAU